CAGUAGCUGUUAAACUCGCAUUACAGUCACGUUUAUAGUCAUCGGCCGACCGUUCGUACGGACGUUAUACACGCGCGCGCGUCCUCGUCUUCGUCUUCGUCGUCGUCGUCGUGGUCGUAAUAAUAAUAAUAAUAACAACAACAGUGUAAUAUUAUUCUCACUCACCAGUCGAGCGUUUGCGUGUAUUAUUGUCGUGUACGGAUUUUUUUUUUUUAUCGUUACUUAAUUUUUUUUUUUUUUUGUAUCUCGAACCUCUCUGCGUGUGUCCGAUCGUCUCUGGCACGACGGAUCGUACUUAAUUGUUUUCGGCCGAGUGACACGCGCUACGUUUCGUCUUCGUUUCUCGGCGGUGACAAAAAUAGUGUUCCGAUUACACAAUAUAAUAUCAUACAGUGCAUCGCGAGCCGUGCGCUAAGGGUGGUUUUUUGUUGUCCGCGGGCCCCCGCGGGUGUGUGUCGCACGCGCGAGAUGCGUCGUCGUCAUCCGUCGUCGUCCGUUGUCGUUGUUCGUACCGGUGUGACGCGAUUCGUGUGAAAUGUUGAUGAUGAUGGACUGCAGCAACAGGAAGCCGCCGGCAGACUUGUCAUCCGGCAUGGUCGUAGCAACCGUAUCGUCGCCGGAGCUGGCGGUUGCUGGCACGUGGCACCCCCACGUGUACGGCAACCCCCCCAGGACGCCCACUGCCCAUAAUGUGGCCGACAUACUCGGAUGGACCAAGUCCGGUACCGACGAACAACCCCUGAACCUGUCAACGGCUAAACGGCCAAACGGUACCGUGCUGGACUUGACCAAGAUCAAACGGAAAGCGGACGUGAUACCCACGACAGCAGUGAAGUUAAACAACAAUAACAACAAUAACAAUAACAACAACGGCGUUGGUAGUCAUCUACAACAGCAUCACCAUAAUCAUUUUAAUCAUCAGCUCCAGCAUCAUAAUCUUCAGUCGCUGCCGUCUACCACGCAGAAUAAUAACAUGACAGCGGCAGUAGUGGCUACAACAACAACGGCGGCAGCGUCAGCGGCUUUAGCCACGGUCACGGCGACGGCCGCUCCACUGCCGGUACGGAAGAAGUCUCGAAAGGAUGUACCACCUUCGUCGUCGCCGGGUUUACUGGUGAGCUCGUCUUCCGGUUCACCGGCCGGGCAGCUGGCUGGAGAGAGUGACGGUGGACACUCGUCCGAUGGUUGUGGUGACCGGAAACGGAAGAAGGCGCGGACCACGUUCACCGGCCGACAGAUAUUUGAGCUGGAGAGGCAGUUUGAGUUAAAAAAGUACCUCUCAUCGUCCGAACGAUCCGAAAUGGCGAAAAUGUUGGGCGUCACCGAGACACAGGUGAAGAUUUGGUUCCAGAACAGACGGACAAAGUGGAAAAAGCACGACACCGUGACGACCACGGAAUCCGCAGAUCCGGCUACAGCUGCCGCCGCCGCAGCAUCGGCAGGACUCGGCGGCGGAGGUGGACUGGCUAAGUGUUCGCCAAAGGCCGCAGCCGGCGCCAAGUUUCUCAGCGAGGGCGACGACCACUCGUCGUUGGAAGACUCGGAAAGCUGCUACAGCAGCGUGGACGCUGCAGAGUCCAAGGUGGUCAUGGCCCGGACGCCCGAGUCGCUGCCACCCACGUCACCGACGACGGAUAACGAUACCGCGGCCACGGCAACUACAACGACAGCCAUGGCCAGGGCGCCCAGCUAGAGGGAAAACUUUAGUCGUUUUUCUUAAAACUUAUAUAAAUGUAACGAUAUUCGAUCAAAUAUACCUUACGAACGGCUCGCUCUAUUGAAUAUAAUAUUGUGUUUGUUUUUUUGGUUUUUUUUUUUCUAGACGCGCGGUGCGUGUAAUAAUAAUAAAUUAUUAUUAUUUGUCUGUGUGUGUUAAAAAUUAAUAAAUAAAAAAAAAGACAAAAAAAGCGUCUCGGGAGGAAAUUAAAAAAUGAUUUAACAUUAAUAUUAAUAUUAUAUUAUUGAUGUAAUAUCGCUAUACUAUUAUAUACAUAAUAUAUUAUAUUAUAUAUAUAUUAUAUUUUUUUUUUAUUAGAUUCCUAACAUUUAGUAGUAUAACACAUGCAAUAUAUAUUUACCGUGGUGUGAUCAGCAAUGAUAUUGUACAGCUAACCUUUAACGGAUAGACGUCGUUCACGACGCGAACCCAAACUUUAUUAUGAUGAUUACCCAUAUAUAUAAAAGUAAUAUAUAUUAUAUUAUGACGACGUGUCGCCUGCAAACUAUUUUCGCUAUUAUACUUUCGCACUGUUUAUUGUUAUAAUAAUAUUGUGUAUUUCGAGUGUAUAAUACUGUUAUAAACUAAACGAUUAGGAAGAAAGUAUGUGUGUUCAUUAUUUUCUGUAUUAUACGCGAUUGUAUUUAUUAUAAUAUAACAUUUAUCAUUAAAAAUGUUGGACACAGGGCCGUGUUUGUGAUUUUUAACCUCAUGUUUGAAACAAAAUAAUACUCUCUUGUUUAAAAAAUAGUAAAUAAAUAAUUCGUUACACUCUGGAAAAUUAAAAUAUAUAUUUACAUAAGUAUUGAAAUGAUACUUUACGAUUACUGGCAAAACAAAUAACACUAUUUUGUAGUGUUGAUAAUAAUUAAUAAACGAUAAGGUGAAACGAGCAAAUAUAGGUACCAUCCCUCAAUUCUCAAAUACGGCUCUGGAUUGUUGUGUUGAAUUUUUCAUUUAUCGUUUUGUAAAUAACAUAAUUAUAAUAACAUUUUAUCGAUGUAGAUGACACGCGCACAAGAGGUCCUUUGAAUGUUUUGAAUAGGUGUUCCUGAUAAAGCGUCACAUUUCUCCCAUCACCCGUUUGCACACGGGAUUUUUAGUUUUUCUUUUAUCCGUUGACUCGCAAAGUACAAAAUAUGAUUAUAAACAUCGUGAUUUUUCAUCUCCGAGUAUUAAAUGUACGUACCUCUACCUCUCUCUCUCUCUAUCUAUUUACGAUUAUGCUCUCUUUAUAAAAUAUUUUAUCGCUGUACGUUAUCAAUAUUAUUAUUAUUAUUAUUAUUACUAUUUGUAUUGUUUAGAGUGUAUCUAUCGUCCAUACGAAUAUCUUGUAUUUGUUUUUAUGUUAUAAUGUGUAAUAAAAACGUCUUUAUUUUGUAACGCCUUCCUUGCGACGGACGAAUUAUAUUAAAUAGGAAAAAAAAUAUGGUCUUUAGAACCUAAACAACGAUCGAUUAUACCUACAUAAAAAUAUUUUUGAAUAUUAAUUAAGCAGAACUCUCGCGAUACUUUUCCUUAAUUAUUACCUAUAUGAUAAUUACGUGUCCAUGAUUAUUAAUUGUAUAUCUGUGCACGCUGCACGCGCAUCCGUGUGUUUAUUAUUUAUUGUGUAUAGAAUGUGUAUUGUGUAUAGUACCUUCAUAAUAAUAUUAUGUACCGCCUUCAAUGGAUAUUUGUGUAUAAAAAUCGAACGUGUAUAAUAUGUAUGAAGAUUUAUUUUCAGUGUGUUACAUGUUAUUUUUUUUAAAAAACCAACAUAAUAAAUGUGAAAGGAGAAUUAUAAUAUUAUUUGCAUUUU